AUGACCAGAGGUCAUGAGAGUCUUCUUGAUGGCUGGCGCCUGUCCCGCUUCAGGCAUAUUGGAGGGCUUAUUCUGGACAAGACUGUGUCAGAUCCAAACUUGAUUGGAAUUGUAGUUUAUGCACCGGUAAUAAAUGGUGUGGGCGGGAACCUGGUGUCCGUACAAGCUAGUCGAAUUUCAACUCAUCUGCAUUUGAAUUGUUCUCCUGGAGAGCUCCCUGUGGGCUCCAGAAGUUGUUUCAACCCCUUUCAAACCUUCUUUGGCUCAGGUGCACACCACCGAUCUGCUCAGGUUCUGCUCCUUUUGGUUCUUCCUGGUCAGCUGAUUUUUGUACACAUUAUUCAUGUGAUAAAAGGAGGCCUAACGCUGCCCAGUCUUCUUUUCACUGUAUUAUUCCUAUCUGCUUCUUUGACACAGGUCUUCUUGCUGCUUAUUGUUGCUGACUGUCUGGUCCACUGUCUGUGGAGGAGGGGCAAAGACCCAGACAGUUACUCCAUACCCUACCUCACAGCCCUGGGAGAUCUUCUGGGAACAGCUCUCCUCUCACUUGCUUUUCUCUUGCUGUGGUGUAUUGGAAACUCAUGAAGUGUAUGGAUUAAAGACAAUAACCAAACAAUGAGAAGCCCAGGCAAAGACAUAGAACAGCAAAAUCUUCUUAAAACUCAUUGAGGUGAGAAGGAGAAAACAAAGUGUCAGAAAAAUGGUUAGCAGAUGUACUGCAAAGAGAAUGUUUAUUGUUGGGCUAAGAUCUAAACCUAACCCUAACAGCAAAAAUAGGUUUUAAUUUAUUCUUGAAGAAAGUUUGAUACAUACUUGUCUCUAACUUCUCUGUACCUUUAGGUGAUAAUCUAUAUUGAACAUUAAACAUUAGUAUUUAAAAUACUAAUAACACUAAUAAGGGAUUUACAGAAGAGCAUUGAUGCUUGCGUUGCUUAACAACCUUCAAGUCCCAAGAUGAAUAAAGGCCUGAGGCCUGGGGCUUUUAUUAUGGGGGUGCAACUACGUACCAGCAGAAAUGCUCUUUCCGGGCGUGCCGUGGUGGCGUAGCGGUUAGAGCGACCCGUAUUUGGAGGCCUUGAGUCCUCGACGCGGCCGUCGCGGGUUCGACUCCCGGACCCGACGA